UACAACCUGGUCUCGUGACCAACCAUAUAGGAAUCCAAUCAGAUUCCAGCAAGGGGGAGGGGUUCGUUGCUUGACAGGAACCAGAAUUCGGGUAAAAGGGAACGUAAAACCCGACCAAACUUUCGUUUUCUUCAGUUUUGAAAUUAAAAAAUGAUGAGGGUCAGUUCUAGGCAAACAUGCAAUGGAGAUCUAUAGUAAUUGGGCUGCUCCUGUUCAGACUGGCACUCAAUUGUGUCUUGUGGUUCAUAUUCGGAUUGGGUUUUUAUCAGAACUUCCAUUCUCAAAAAGUGGACCUUUACGGCGAAAACGAGAAAGUCGCUUUUGAAAACCCUUCGUGGCUGAAUCAUAAUCUACAGAAUGGGGAUAGCAAGACCUGGUCGAAAAAUGUUAAACAUACCUCGAAAAACUCUUACCUUAAUUACUUUGAGGACGGUAAAGACGAGUACGCCCAAAAAUACAACUCUUUCCCGGAUAACCUGAAGGUAAAAAUGAAGGACAUGGCGAAAGAAAUGUUUUAUUUUGGAUAUGACAAUUACAUGAAAUACGCUUUUCCCGAAGAUGAACUGAACCCGAUUGACUGUGAAGGCAGGGGACCCGAUGUACUAAAUCCGUCAAACAUCAACAUUAAUGAUGUGUUGGGGAACUAUUCUUUGACUCUGAUUGACAUACUGGACACGUUGGUGGUGAUGGGGAAUGUCUCAGAGUUCCAUAAAGCUGUCAAGUUGGUGAUUGAGACAGUCUCCUUUGACAAAGACUCAACUGUGCAAGUGUUUGAGGCCAAUAUCAGGAUUCUUGGAGGUCUCAUUUCUGCUCAUAUUCUCCUGACUGACUCCAAGCAGCCAUUCGGUAACGUGGGGCUGCAGGACUAUGAUAAUGAGCUUUUACACCUGGCUCACGACCUAGCUGUGAGACUUCUGCCUGCAUUUGAGAAUACCAGUACAGGAAUCCCAUACCCUCGGGUAAACCUAAAGAGAGGAGUCCCCCCGGACAGUAUCAAUGAAACCUGCACUGCCGGAGCUGGGUCGCUCUUGGUGGAGUUUGGGAUCCUCAGCCGCCUGGUCGGGGAUUCAACCUUCGAAUGGGUGGCACGACGGGCGGUGAAGGCACUCUGGAAACUACGCAGUAAUGAGACUGGCUUACUAGGUAAUGUGGUGAACAUUCAGACUGGCCAGUGGGUUAGCAAGCAGAGCGGUCUGGGAGCAGGCAUGGAUUCUUUCUACGAGUAUCUGCUGAAGUCUUACAUACUUUUCGGAGACAAAGAGGAUCACAAGAUGUUUAAUGCUGCUUAUGAGAGUAUUCAGAGCCAUCUCAGGAGAGGACGAGAAGCCUGCAAUGAAGGAGAAGGGGAUCCACCGCUAUAUGUGAAUGUGAACAUGUUUAAUGGACAGAUAAUGAACACAUGGAUAGACUCACUUCAGGCUUUUUUUCCAGGUCUCCAGGUGUUAAGUGGUGACGUUGAAAAUGCAAUUUGCCUUCAUGCCUUUUAUUACGCCAUCUGGAAACGCUUUGGCGCCCUCCCGGAGAGAUAUAACUGGCAGCUCCAGGCACCUGAUGUCCUGUUUUAUCCACUGAGACCUGAACUAGUGGAAUCCACAUAUCUUCUUUACCAGGCCACCAAGAACCCUUUCUAUCUCCAUGUGGGAAUGGAUAUUCUCCAGAGCCUUGAAAAAUAUACUAAAGUCAGAUGUGGGUACGCCACUCUGCAUCAUGUUGUCGAAAAGUCAAAGGAAGACAGGAUGGAGAGUUUCUUUCUCAGCGAGACGUGUAAAUAUUUAUUUCUGCUGUUUGAUGAAGAUAACCCUUUGCACAAAUCUGAGAAUAAAUACAUUUUCACUACUGAGGGACAUGUUGUGCCGAUAGACAAGCGGUUCCGAGAAAAGGUUUGGAAGGAUGAAGUGGUCGUUGCCAACACAGAAAAGCCUGAAGUCAGGCCAGCUAAUACCAGCAUUAAUUGCAACAGGAUUCCCGAUGAGAGAAGGUAUGCCUUGCCUUUGAAAAGUGUUUACAUGAGGCAGAUAGAUCACAUGGUGGGGCUGCUCUGAACACGAACACUGCAGGGAUCUGGGGCUCAUGCCUCCCACAUGCAAGGACUGUGAAGAGGAGCAGGAUGCUGCUUAUUUACCAAUACGCAUUACUGUAGAAGGGCAGUUAAGGGUGGUGGCAAUCUCCACUGCAUUGACUUCAAAUAUAAAAAUAUAUUGAUUUAAAAUAAUUAAGGAAUACUGGCUUAAAACUAUUUUUGGUGAAAUUGAGCUCUGUUCUUGUGGAGCUUUGUUUUUAGAUGUGUGAUGAAGGUAUGUUGCAUUCAUUUAAAAUCAUGUUAAAAAGAAACCAGAAGUUCUUGGAUACUUACUUCAGUUCUGGGUGCCUAAAAGUUCAGAGAUCAAAAUAUUGCUUCCAACAGUACAGUCCUUUUGCUGUGCUGCAUUAUUUUCCUGCUGCUUUACUUUGCCUGUUGUCUUCAGGUUACUCUUGCAAAAGGGGACCCUAAUUUAUGGAUUUCAGUCUGCUUACUUUUAGAUUAUUUAUUUAAAAGGGCCUGUGUGUAUUAGAGGAUUGUUGGUGCAGUCCCACAUUUUUUUUUUUCAAACCACAAAAAUAGCUUUCUAACAAGCUUUGCAAAGGACAAAGGCAGCACUGCAGGUGCGAUGAGGUGUACCAGUCUUGGUUUUGCCUCCUUAAAUCACGGGAGCACCAGACCCAAUCUGAUGCUCCCUUCAGAAUCGCCAGCGAAGAUUGGCCACUUCGUGCAGCCAGGACGUGAACCGUCUCUGUAUGACUCGCCCUGCACACCACAUGGCUGUGCCUUUAACAGGUGAACCACUCGGGUUAUCAAUAGAGAUGCUCAAACAAAAUAGAUGGCUGUCAGUCAAGCCCUACCUAUAAUACUGAGUUUGAAUGGACAGAUCCGAAAUUCUGCACAUCUUGGUUCUUAAUAUAUUUAGAAAGCUGAGGAACAGUUCAUCCUAUUGCCCAUAUACAGUUCCCUCAAGUGUGUUGUAUUCUAGUAUUAUUGUUUUAAUCCCCUCACUGGUUUGUUCCCUAAUCUUUAUCUGUUUUAUGAAGCUGCAUUUUCAAGCCAGUAUUCGAGUAGAUUCUAAAUCAAUGUAUGCACCUCAAAAAUGCGCAGAAUUAAUUUCAAGAUAUGGUAAGGAGCAGGGAUUUAUAGUAACGUUUUUAACAGUAUUACAUAGAGAUAUAACUUGCAUAGCCUAUAACUGUUUAUAUGAUUUUCUAAAUUGUUUAUACUGCAAACCUUGUUGUGUGGGUGCAUACAAUACUUAAUGCAAAACGUAAUGUAAUUGCACGAUUUUUUGAACAGUUAUGUUUCAUUAAAAGAUGGCAGUCUAGUGGCCACAUACGAGUCUUCCAGGCCAGCAAUUUGAUUCCUAUGCAUAAUGCUUUAUUCUAAUUAUUGAGUUGUUUAAUUGACAUAAGUCACGUCCCCACAGGAGCUAUUACUUAUAAUAUCACUGAGAGUGUAGCUGCUGCAUUCUAAUGUUUAAACCACAGCAGGUUCUAUAAAAACUGAUUCAAUACGUUAAUAACAGCUUUUCAUCUGUUUUUUUUAUUUAGAUUUAAUGACUUGUAAUAUGUUUGUAAGUGUUCGGCGGCUCCCUCUAAUCAAGGUGAGAGUAUUUCCUCUUGCACUCUUUGUAUGACAGCCUGACACCGCAAAGAGUGCUCAAGAAAUUCACUUUCAACUUGACUAGAAGUAGCCACCAAACACUUAAACAUACAUUCAAUUGGUAAACCAAGGCCUUUCAACAAAGACACUAAAUAGCUUUACAUUGUAUUCCUAUGAAGUGCAUUUGUAUGGAUUUGUAGUUGAAAACCCUUUAGAAUACAAGCAUUCUGCUAGAUCUUGUAGCUACGGGAUUGUGAUGCGUGCAAUCAUGUGCGAUCAGUAAGUUCUUUUUCUUCUGACAGGAGCGGUUUUAUAUAUUGUAAUACAAACGAAUAUUAAUGAGCUGUUAUUUCUUGAAGUCUAUCAAUGGGAUGUGUUCUACCAUACAGUUGUGUUAUGUAUUAUUCACCUUGGCAGUGAUCAGAUGCUUUUUCACAAUGCAUAGAGAGUGCCCCUUUCAAAUUGAUUUAGAUGUUGUGUCUCUCCGUGUACUGAAAGGUUGAGAAGAGAGAAAGAACAUUCUUCAAAAAAGUUUCUGAUAAAUUCUAAUAGUUUCUGGAACAUGUCUCUCAAUCUGCAAUGUUAUAAUUUGAGCGCAUGAAACUUUACCAGCUUGCAUGCCACCUAGGGAUGCAUUGAUCUUGCAGAAAUAUGGCACAUAGUCUUCCAAAUACUGCUUUGCCUUCACUCAAGUCAUUGCUUUGUAGUGAUGUUUUGAGCACAACACGCAAAUGAAUAACACAAUUGUGCUUGAAGAUUGUAGAGUAUGCUUUGUAAACCCUCUUCUGUAUAACACUUAUUCCUAGUACCUAAACACUCUGCAGCACGAUCAAAGAAACAUUCCACACAGCUGCAGCAGCACCUUUUAAAAGGGAAUUCUGUACUGCACAACCUUAUUUUAGAUCAAUAACAUUCUACUAUCAUGUGUCUUGUAUUUGUUUUUUUCUAUAAGUUAUUGAAACCUAUGUCAGAUUCUUCUCGCAUGAAUUGCUCUGUUAUAUUGCAAGUGUCCCUGUUCUAAACAGGGGUAGGCAACUUCUAGGAGGACAAUUCUGUUUCUGGUUUAAAAAGAAUUCUUGGAGGGUUCCCUUACUUUCUUUGUUUUAAAAUAACUUUUAUGAUCGUGGGUGUCAUAAGUAGAGGAUACAAUCGAGUCAAAUCCAAUUCUACUUUUAAUAAUCUUUAAAAAAAAAAAAAAAAAAAACAACCAGAAAAGGAUAAAUUGAGUAUAACCUUAAAACUGGAUUAUUUUUAAUUGGUUCAAAUUGUUUAUGGUUGCACCAAACAUGUGGAGUGGAAGGGCUGAUGUUGCCUGCCCCUGUUCUACACUGUCUUCCAUUAGGUGCGGAGGCUGCAUAUUUCAAUAAGGAAAUAGAAAGAAAAACUAACUCAGGGAAUAAAUAAUAAAUACAAAUUUAAAAAAAAAAUGCAAGAAAUAUUCUUUAACAGCAAUCAGCUUGCCUACUGUGGGAUCGAUUAUGUUAUUUUUAUGAAUGGGUAUUAAGACUUCUUUCUAUGUAUGGUAUAAUCAAACUUUUUGUGAAUGCAAUUUUGUAGACUUCAAUACUUACUGAUAUAUGUAUACACACACAGUAAUCCGUCCUGUAUCUGCCCGUCACAUGUCUGCCCUAACCGUCUAUCCGCCAUGAUCAUGCUCUAAUGCCAUGUUAGUUUAUUAUUGAACAGAGAAGAUUAGUUCAGAGAUUGUAGUUUCCGUACAGUGCGUUGUAUGUGCUCCAUGCGCUACCAUUACUGGUAGUGUCACAUGCACUGUUCAGUGUGUGGAUAUGUAAAUAAAUCCUGUUUGCCUGCGGGGCGUAUCAACGUCUCCAGCUCCUGCCUGUCACUCAGCAGCGAAUGCACAUGGCAGACGGCUACUCUCUCUUAAUACCCUCUAUCUUUCUAAAUUGGAUUUAGGGGAGCUCCCAAAUAAAAGCUGAAUCACAAAACAAUAAUUGUGUGAAUACAGCUGUGUAAUGGUAUUUAAAACAAGAUUCAUUUAUCUCACUUUUCACAUAUCUGCCCUUACUCUGGUCCCACCACACUCGGAUAUGCGACAGAUUACUCUGUGUGUGUGUAAUAUAUAAACAAAAAAGCAAAGUUGAUGAUUUUUUUUAUUUAUUUUUUUUCCAUUCAGUGGGUCAGAUUCUCAAAGCUUUUUACUCCAGAUUAUCAUUGGCACAAACCCAUUAUAAUCCUGAAACAACUAAAAAACCACUUAAGACUAAUUACAGCACCCUCAAUCAAGUGCUUUCAGAAUCUAGUCCAAUGGGUUGAAUUUUUUUUCUGUUUUCAUAAGCCAUACAAAAAAAACCCCAUUAAAUUAAACUACCCAUUAAAUUACAAAUUACAGAAAGUGAUCUCGCCAAAUAAAUUCAUGCCUUCUCAACAAGGCACAUUGGCCUGUUUUCCACAGCUGUAAAGUCAAGCAUUUUGUACCAUGGACCAGUAUGGCUUAAUGUCUGUUUGCUGUCUUCUGUUUCAGUACAGUAUUUCCACGUAUUAACAUACUCGGGUAUUUAUGUUUGUAAAACUACAGCAAUGCCGAUUUAAUUUCUUUUUUAUAAUUGUUACAAAACCUUUACCUUAAGUGCCGUUCCUUAAAACAGAAGUGUUUCAGUUUGUAUGUUGCUUUUGAAACUCACACUGAUUGUGUUAGUAUAUAGAGCACUGCUGGUCUGUUUACUUUAAUCGGUGCAAUACAGUUUGUUAAACAUGAGGUAUUUGUACAUGCCUUUGUUUUUUAGAAGUCUUUAAGUACCUUGUUAUGAAAGGACCAAUUUUCUGUAAUAAACAAUUCAUGUCAGUCA